UGCAGCCGGAAUUAGUGGGGCAGACCAGUGCUGGAUCGGCAUAGCAUGAGGGGACGCCAGAUUAAGGGGGACAGCCCGGGGUCCCGGGCCGCAGAAGCGGGGAGGGGCCAGCAGAGGAUCUGGGUGCUGUUUCCUCCCCAAGUUCCGCCCCAAGCGCGCCGGCCCCGCCCCCGCCGUUCCAGCUCCGGCCCGCCCCCCACCGCUCGCCCCCCGGGCCCGGCCUGGGCUUCCCCCGGGUGCUCCCUGCUCCCGGCCUGCGCCGGCGCGGCCUCCUCGCCGCCAGUGCCUGGGUCUGACAAGAUGUACCAGGUCCCACUGCCGCUGGACCGGGAUGGGACCCUGGUCCGGCUCCGCUUCACCCUGGUGGCCCUGGUCACGGUCUGCUGUCCACUUGUCGCCUUCCUCUUCUGCGUCCUCUGGUCCCUGCUCUUCCACUUCAAGGAGACUACGGCCACACACUGUGGGGUGCCCAAUUACCUGCCGUCAGUGAGCUCGGCCAUCGGCGGAGAGGUGCCCCAGCGCUACGUAUGGCGCUUCUGCAUUGGCCUACACUCAGCACCCCGCUUCUUGGUGGCCUUCGCCUACUGGAACCACUACCUCAGCUGUGCCUCCCCGUGUCCCGGCUACCGCCAGCUUUGCCGCCUCAAUUUCGGCCUCAACAUCGUGGAGAACCUUGCGCUGCUAGUGCUCACCUAUGUCUCCUCUUCCGAGGACUUCACCAUCCAUGAAAAUGCUUUCAUUGUGUUCAUCGCCUCAUCCCUCAGUCACAUGCUCCUCACCUGCAUUCUCUGGCGGCUGACCAAGAAGCACACAGUAAGUCAAGAGGAUCGCAAGUCCUACAACUGGAAACAGCGGCUCUUCAUCAUCAACUUCGUCUCCUUCUUCACGGCGCUGGCUGCGUACUUUCGGCACAACAUGUAUUGUGAGGCUGGAGUAUACACCAUUUUUGCCAUCCUGGAGUAUACUGUUGUCCUAACCAACAUGGCGUUCCACAUGACGGCCUGGUGGGACUUCGGGAACAAGGAGCUGCUCAUUACCACCCAGCCUGAGGAAAAACGGUUCUAAACCCUUCUCUCCUGCUGGGGAGGGGGCCCACUGCCCAGAAACUAGGAACAAGAUACCACUCUGGCCUUCCCUCACCCCCUGCGUCCUCUCUGAGCCCUACUGAAGCUGGGUUAGAGGGGAAGAAGGGACGAAGGGCACAGGACAAGGCUUUACCCAGCCCUACUGGCUUCUCCUUCCCCCCACCCCACGUGAAGGCACAGGCUCCUUCAAGCAGCACCACCCGUACCUGAGAAGCCCCAAGAAGCUGAGCUGGCAGGAGAGCUCCACCAUCUGGUGCUAAAAAAAGUCCUGAGGUUCAUAACCACCAUCUGCUUCUUGGCCUUUACAUAGCCACCUCUCGCUGAGGUCAGGGACCACUGAGCAGUGGCUGCUACCAGAAAACCACAGCCAUUUUUCCCCAUGGGGUCAUUCACUUGACUCAUGUGUCUAAUGAUCUACUCUGCACAUUUAGGCCUGUGACCACGGUCCCCUGCUGAGUUUGCCCAGGUGUCCCAGUCCUGACUUCACCUCUGAUUUGGUGUGUGACCUUCCCUAUCUGAGCCUCCUUGUGUCCGUGUGGAUGAUGGGGGUGAGGGGUAGGAGGCUAUAUGAUUUCCAAGGGCUCUGCCAGUCUGUGCUUCUCCCUGUGGAGGUGGUGUUCUGUACCCAAAGGAUACAGAAAAAGCACUGGCACAGCAUGUAUUUCCUUUCCCUUCUGGAAUCUCUGGUUUAGACUCUUCCUCCUUGGCAAAAGGUGCCAGGUAGAGGGGACAGAGGCACAGAUUCCUACCCCAAAACGGGCUCUCUGGUGUCCCCCGCAUCCUCCCUACUGCCUCAGGCCCUGUGCUCUUUUGGUUGUACAUCUUAUUUCAAAGGAAAAUAAAUUUUUUUUUUUUUUU